AUGCGGGAAGUCAAUUUCAGCAUCCCCAAUGUGAACAAGGCCUCGGUCAACAUCACCACCACACUCUACGACCGCCGUGCUCUUGAUUGCACAUCAACACUACCGCUAAUCAACUCGCUUAAUCACCUUGCCUACCUCACAACAUCGUCCGCCCGCAUUCGAGAUAUCCUCACCGUUGAUGGCGGCAUCGAGCGCCUGGUAUGCAUCCUCAAGGAGGGCCGGAGCAAGGACUUGAUGGAAAUGUGGAAAUGGAGCCUGGCUUUCCAAUGUGUUGUCAACAUUGGAGUGCGCGGCUCUGAGGGUGUAAGGACCCGUGUGGUGGAAGCUGACAUGGUCCCCGUCAUUGCCACGAUUCUCAACAAUUACAUCAAAGUGGUGGACAAAGUGCGGGCGCGCAAUGAGCCUGAGCCCGCCGAGGAGUCUUCCAAAGAAGCAAAGCCCAGUAGCAGCCGAGAUGAUUCUGCUCGUUCUACCCCUAUGGAUGUAGAAAUCCAUGUCGAUUCCCACGCUCAUCUCGAAGCUCAUUCCGAAGCUCAUCCCGAAUCACACCGCCGUCGACAAGCCCCUCCUCCGAACAUCGAAAUCCCCCAGCCACUCUACCAGGACAGUCCACCAAACGAUUCCGAUGCCAUGGAUGUUGCUUCUCCUCACCGUGAACCCAUGACGUCCCCACCAGAACGGAGUACUUUUGGACAGGAACCCCAUAACCACCGUGCCCAGGAUGGACGGCUGCCACGUACAAGUCAUCGCCUACGGUCAAUGCAGCCUCUGGCUACAGCUGUUUCCUCAAUGGAUACCACGGAUGGAUUUGGACUACGCCCUGUGCGUGACACCGAGCGCCUUCCCAGCAUGCUUCCUAGUCUGCAGACUGGGACCGUCUCACAACCCGAUUCCCCAACCACUCCAAGCGGCCCUCUCCACUCACAACCCCGGAGCCUUCCCCAAACGAUUGCCGCCAGACAGCGUCCUUCGAUUCGUCAGCAGCAGUCUGCUUCUGGUGAGUCGGAUGAUGCCACCGGUGAAGACUCGACUAUGAGAGAAGAUAGCGCUAUGGGCCAAACCGCUGAAACUAUCGUUACACUUCCAAAUAGGAUGGAAAUCGAUAGCGUUGAUGAGCGGGAAACGACAAUGCUAGACGACGUCUCUACAACCCACGACUUGACGGUCACCGAUCCCUCGGAGGAGGGCGGUCCGGAGGUAGAGACUUUCAACAUCACACGCCGCUCGACCGUCGAUGGUAGCAUAAUUAAUGCCGGCAACACACAAACCAAUGGCGGACUGGGUCUCUCCCCCACCCAGGCCACCAACAACCCUAAUUCCCCAACUCUCGCCCCCAGUCCUUACGCCUUGUACCUCCGUGAUCGCAAUGCUCCUGCCGCCCAAGGAGUGUUGACCACCAUGCCUCGUGAUGAGGAUGUCCUCAUGUCCCUGCAGCUUCUGGCAUAUAUCUCCAAGUACUGCAAUCUUCGAGCAUUCUUCCAGUCCUCUCAUCUCGUCCCCAGGUUGAAAAUUGAUCGCGAACUCCACCUUUUGGAUGACAACGCCGACUCUUCUUCGCCAAUUGACAUGUGCGAAGAAGAGGACGAGUACUUGCUCCCUGAUGAUGUCAACAUUUUCCCCCUGGUGGAGAAAUUCACUGUUAGACAUCAUUCCAAGGACAUGCAGUACUGGGCAUGCGUGGUCAUGAGAAACCUUUGCCGUAAGGACGAGGCGAGAGGCGGCAUUCGCCAAUGCGCCUACUAUAAGUGUGGCCGGUGGGAGGAGUACCAGCGUCAAUUUGCUAAGUGUCGACGCUGCCGUCGUACCAAAUACUGCAGCAAAGAGUGUCAGAAAUCCGCAUGGGUGUACCAUCGGCACUGGUGCCAUACAACCCCCUGA